AUGCAGUGGGUAGCAGCUUCCAGCAGCGAGCUGGAGGCCUCUGUUGGCCAUGGCUUUGCUGAAUCGCACUCAGCCCUGCAACGCGCUUCUCGGGCGCUGUCGGCCGAGGUAGUGGCUGAGCGCUGCCGCUGCGCACAGACAGAGGAGGACGUUGUCUCACGGCUCAGGAGGUUUGAGGAUGCCGUCAAUGUCGACUCCCACUCACAGGCGGACGCAGUACAGCAACUCAAUGAGGCCAUCGUCAGCGCCGCGAUGCGGAGGCAAGCCGAGGAGCAGAACCUCUUGAAGAAGGUUCAGGAUGCUCUACAGAGCUUGGAGGAGCGUCGUCCCCUUGAGCGCCGGGAGCUGGUUGAGGCCUGGGGCCUAGCAGGACAAGAUGACAAGUGUGAUAGAGUUGCAACCGAUUGGGUCAUGGUUGACCUGAACAUGAUUAGGCGGCAGAAAAGCUUUCCAAGUCUGAUGGACAUCUUCGAGCCUGACAAGCUUGAUGGCUCCUUCGAGUCAUGCAUCGAUGGGCUGUACUGCAAUGCGGAGAGCGCUGAAGAGGUGGUGAGGCGGGUCAUUGCAGAGACGCACAAUGAGGCAGAGAAGGUCCGGAAUGAGGUUGCAGCAGCUGUCUCGGAGCGCAUCCAAGCGCUGCAGGCGAGACAGCAAGAGCUUCUCAACCAGAUUGACUUCAUGGUGCAGUCCAAAGUGCAGACGCUGGAGAACCAGCUUCAGGAGAUCCAGGGUCAGGUGUGUCCCUACGCACCAAAUCAAGAGGACCCGGAUGGUGCACCGAUGGAAGGUGUCUUCCUCCUGCGUGCAGACGCCGUCGUGCGCUUCAGGCUUGGGGACACAGACUUCGGGGAGAAGAUUCCGGAAUGGGGCCAAGUUGGCGAAAAAUCCACCUACGCCUCCAUGAGCUUUGCGAAGGGACCUGGGCUUGGAGUGCUCAAGGUCAGCUGCCCAGAGCUUUUGCCCGCAUUUCCUCUUGCAUUCAAGAAGUGUUGCAGAUGA